AUGUUGUCUGCCCUGUCACAGUCAUCCAUAGCUAACAGCAACAACAGCAACAGCAGCAGCAACAACAACAACCAACCUCCCCAAUCAAGAUCCCAGUCCCCGAUCAAAAAGAGCUCCUCAGCAUUCAAGACCGAACCAGAGCACGAUAUCCGUCGCAUUAACGAGUUGCAAGAGGAGGAGAGGCAAGGUUCAUCAUAUGGCGAUGCAGCAGCAGCAGCAGGAGAGGACGAGUCUUCUUCCACAUCCAACUACGACAGCAGCAGUAACAACAACCGCAUGGAUUAUGCAAACGACGACUCUGUCCACCCUCUCGCCCCUGCACAACACUCUUUGGAAUCCUCUAGCAGGCGGAACUCAGCGCAUCCAUCGCCGUCAGUUUCGGGUCAGAGCAACUACUAUACAUCCUCGCCUGCGAUCCAACCACAGCAACACCAACAGCUGUUGAAGUUGAAGACUGAGCAUGGCCUUUCUACCGCCCCUGUACCUGCGCCUGAUAAUGCUGGCCUGACCCACAACAGCGAGGACAUAGAUGAGCGAUUGGCUGGUACGAGCCGCCGUGCUUCGUCUUCAGAGGUCAACAUGGGGGGACCCAACGAGUCAAUGAUGGUUAGGGACGACCGGGAAGGCCAAGGGAACGAGGACGAGGACAACGACGAUGACAAUGGCCUCGACGAGGGGAGCCACCGCCUCGUUGUCGACACCUCGUCUCCUUCAAUGCGCCAUGAUGGCAUGAAUACUUUGGUAGGGACACCCGAGACUGCAUCACUCAACGCUGAUACACCGACUACCAUGACUGGCACAACUGCGCCUUCUUCCCGACGAGGAUCCCUCAGGACCAUGACCGCCACUUUACCCCGGUCUGCACUUCAAGAAGAGACCAUUGCCCUGUUUAAGCAGUAUCGCAACCUCAUCCCAUGCGCCAAGUGCUUCUGCCGCAACACCAUCCAACGCGACGGCAUGUCAGAUGGAAACCUGAGGUUCAAGUGCCGGCCACCAGUGUCCAUGAGUCUGAUCUGCAACAAGUCGUACUCGGAAUCCAAGAUCCGCAACAUGAUCGCAGGCGUAGUUUAUGGCCACUCCCUCCCAGAUACAAACGCUUCGGGCGGAGCGACCAGCCCCGGCGAGAAUGUCCUUGCCCUGGCACUACCCCCCGUGGCCAAACCCUCCCGUCGAGCCUCGACCAAGAACGAUGGUAGCCCACGGCUGGGAGCCGAGAUCACAUCUGAACGGCUGCAGCGUCUGAAGGAGGAUCCUGAGGAGCAGCUGCCUGAGAACCCGCUUUCGAUGGAGAUUGUCCCUGAUGAUCGUGGUAUGGGUGGUGGUCACCACCAGCAUCCCUUGGAUGCUCGUAGACCUUCUCAGCCUUACCCACACCAAGGGUCUAUCAGUCGUAGGGCUUCUAUCCAACAGCUCCGUCGUCCUUCUCUUGUCGAUGAUGAUGGUAUGAUGAUGGAUUAUGAGGACAAUGUUCCUUCGGGUACUCAUCCUGCCUACCUUCAAGUCCCUGGUACUCCUCCCAUGGACAGUGAAGACUCUCGACACUACCGAUCUCGUACUAGUUAUAACCAGCCACCUCGCUCAGUCACACCCACCGGGCCCCCUCAUCCUUCCUCUGGCGGUGGUCCACCUCCCGCAACCUCUGGUCGCCAAGGUGGACAGAAGCUUCACCAUUCGCAUUCCCACCCCAACAUUGGUCAACAGCGUCACCAACAGUACUUAGAGCAGCAAGAGCGUGAGCACAGAGGUAGUUUCAGCGGACAAGGACAUCCUAGCCAAUCGUCGUCCUCGUCACAAUCUCAGCGUCUCUUGCAGCGUCCUUUGGCCAAGCGAGAGUCGAUCCAUCAGAUGGGCGGUGGUCCUGAGCGCAGGUCGUCUCAGCCCUCGCCUAACCCUGGGUCAAAGUACCUUCCAGGUCCUGGAACAGUGCACGAGGCACAUUCGCCCGCUAUGAUCUCGUCCCCAAGGUCGUCGCCUGGUCGUGAGAUGGGUGGUCAUCAUCAUUCCAUUGGAUCGUCGGGCCACGAACAGUCUGGUACGCCUACCAUGCGCUCCAUCCCGGGCAGUGCAUGGUACGAGGACAACAACCAAGGAUACCUCUCUCGCAGGAUGAGCCAACCUCAUCCAAGCUAUGGUUACAGCGGUGGUCACUCUGGUCUCCCACCAGCGAUGCCCUCGCCUCUUGCCCACCCUUACGACCGUCGUGCGAGUGAAGUCGAGGACUACCCACCAGUUCAUCGCGAGAAGUAUGAGAAGCUGAACGCGAGCACCUUGCUGCCUCCUGGUCCUAAUGGUUCAUCUUCUGGAUCCUCGUCAUCGUCCUUGUCGAGACAUUCUUUCCAAAAGAUGAAACCCUUGGCCCACCCCGUCUCGCCCAACAGCACCUUUGAAUCGCGGCAGCAUCCACUUGACCCCGCUGAGCCUGAACCUAUUGAAGAGGGAGGAUCCCGACAACCCUUGCCGCUUUACUCGAGAUCUGGCGGUCCUGGUAGCAAUAGUUCAAACCCUGGAUCUUCUUCGCCUUGGUUGGGCAGCGGUAAUGGCAAUGGAGGAGGUGGAAACGGCAGUGGACCAGCAACGCCUCAGUCUGAGCCCAUGCGUUACUCGCACUCGAUGGGUAACGGCACCACUACCACCAGCAACAACAGUGGUGGCGGGGUUUAUCCUAGUGGACCUCGUCCUUCGUUGAGACAUCAGUCUUCGCUGUCCAACAUUUACAACCAGACACCACAACAAGAUGAUAGAGAUCGAUUUGAGGGUGAGAACGAGAUGGAUAUGUCACCCGACUACCAUGAUGUCGAUGCCGAUGGUCGUCCGAUUGCGAGGAUGCGCCACCAAAGUCUGAAGCGCAAGAGUUUGGGUCAGCCCCUUGGACGGUCCAACUCCCAUCAAAACCUCUACUCUGCCAGCAUGCAGCAGCAGCAGCAACAACAUAGUCAUUCCCACCACUCCUCGCAUCAUUCUCACCACCAUCCUCAACAGCAGCAAUCUCAGCAGCGGGACCAUCAUGGUCAACACCACCACUCUUCUCACUACCAACAUCAAGGCCAGUACCGUGAGCAGCAGCAGCAGCAUCCCAUGUCGACAGCUCCCCGUGACCACCACCACCAUAGCCAUCAUCAUAACCAGCAUCAACAGCAUCAAGACUUGAAUGCGGCGUUGCCUCCGCCACCCAAUAACAUGGGUAUCAAGAUGACCUGCUUCCCCAACGCACUCUCCAAGACCUCGACCCAUCCCUCUCCAACCACCAAGACCAUGGAUUCCAAUGAACAUAUGGCCCUCCCACUCUCGCAAUGCUCCAAGAUUGUGAUUGAGAUCCAUCAGCCCCGUAACGCUCAAGCUUAUACCUCGGCUGUCUCUCUUGCACCCACUAGUGCUAGUGCUACUCAGCAGCAGCAAGAGCAAGUGAAUGGCAAGAAGGAGUCGGGACUCCCAAUUGAGUUGCGAAAGACGAGCGCGGCGGCUGCACUUUUGGCUCGUUCGUCGUCGUCGAUUAUUGGACACCGUCGGUCGGCGUCGAGGGAUCUUGUUAGUUAUGGAGCCUGUAAGAAGCGACGGGCGGAUUCGGUUGAUGAUGCCAACGGUCUUCGGUCUGAGAGGGAUUCCCUGGAGGAAGAGGACGAGGAGGAAGAGGAGGAUGUUAACGGAGAUGAGGACGAGAAGUCGACGGAUUCUGUCGCAGAGGCUGCGGCUGCUGCUGUGGUCGCUGCCGCUACCGCCCAGGCCAACGCCAAACAGUCUGAUGUCGAUGUUGACGAGGAGAGGAGCAAACAUGAGAUUUCCAACGGUGCUGGUCAAGAUGCAAUCCAAGUCUUUGGAAUCGACUACCUUGCCCAACACCAACAGCAGCCCGAUAAGAAGUCCACCGGUCUCUUCGGUCUCGGACUCGGUCUUCCCUCAUCGUCAUCUUCAUCCUUCGACAAGACAGUGGAUGCGUUGCAGGUCGCAAGGGCGUCCUCGUACGUCGUCCUCGAGGAUCAAAAGGAGAUGGGCAUCGACUACUCGCUGUUCACAAGAGUUGAGACGGCUGGUUGGAGGAUCUUGAUCCCUCCAAAUGUGGUCGCCUCGUUCCGGUCUGAGGAUUUUGGACUGAUGUUGAAGCCCAAGGGGUUGGCGGAUGCCGAUGUGCAAGACCAGCAUGAUGCCGCUCCUACUCGGGAGCAGGAGCACCAGCAUAUGCAGAAGGAGGUGCUUGGAGAGAGGGUGUUAAGGAGAGAAGAUGAGGAAGAGCAGGAAGAGGAGGAAGUGUUGGCGUUUGAAAAUAACGAAGAGGACGAUGUGGGAACUGAAGGUGUGCGCAGGAUCGCAUUAAGGGAUGAUGAUUCCCAGGCAGAGGAGAGCGUUGCUGCUGUCAAGUCUGUCAGCUACUACCAUCGCCACACUCUUCAUCAACAACAGCACCACGUUGCGCAGGAUUUGGAGAUGCAGGACGAUGAGACGACGGCGGCGGUCGAGACCAUACAAGCGACAACCUCUGCCCAACACCAAUCACCACUGCCAUCGCAUGAAGGAGAGCAGGGUCAGGAAGAAGGACAGGGGGUUGUGAAGGAGACUGAGCAAGAAAGGGACAUUGAGAUGGAUAGGGAGUGA